AUGGAGACCUCAGACGAUAUCCCAGUGAGGCUGCCUCCAGGGCAUACAACCCUCACCGUCAAGCUCAUUAAUCCGGUCACAUUUGGGCCCUCCAUUCUGAACAGAUUCAUGGCCCCUCCGGUUCCUGGCCUGGAGACGUUCGAAGCUAAACUCGUCUGGGAUCUCGGCAUUCGAUCAGACUAUCAAAACUAUUCUCCCAAGAUUGCAGAAUACAUUCCCACGACGAAGUACAACAUUCGACUUAAGGGCGAUGUUGCUGAUACUAUCCGUGAUGGAGGCAUUGGGCUCGAUCAAAUCGAAGCUGUAAUAUGGAGCCACUGGCAUUGGGAUCAUAUUGGCGACCCGUCGACGUUUCCAUCGUCGACUGACCUGAUUGUUGGCCGCGGGUUCAAAGAGGCAAUGCUGCCAGGUGCUCCUGCGAACCCUGAUAGUCCAUUGCAAGAGGCCGACUGGAAGGGCCGAAACCUUCGAGAAAUCGACUUUGAAGGAGCCGGGAGCUUGCGCAUUGGAAAGUUCCCUGCAGUUGACUUCUUUGGCGAUGGAUCGUUCUAUUUGCUGGAUUCGCCAGGUCAUGCUAUUGGCCACCUAUGCGGCAUCGUGAGAACGACCGUUGAUCCAGAUACAUUCAUAUUGCUGGGAGGCGAUGUCUGCCACUACUCUGGGCUUAUGCGUCCCUCACCUCAUAUGCCAAUACCAGACAGCAUCACUCCAAACCCAAUCAAUCCACAGACAAGCACGUCCCUGUGUCCAGGGCAUGCCUUUGAAGAGCUGCAAAAGUCCCGUGGACGAGAGCCAACAGACACUCUUUUCACUAUGACUUUCGGGCACGACAUACCGUUAGCGUCUAACACAGUCAAAUGGUUGCAAGAGUUGGAUUGCAACGAUGAUGUCUUUGUCAUCGUGGCUCACGAUUUCCACGUGGAAAAUGUGGUCGAUCACUUCCCACAUAGCCUGAAUUCGUGGAAGGAGAAGGGCUGGGGAAAGCAAACACGCUGGGCGUGGCUACAAGAGCUGAAGCCGUACUUCGAUUCUAAAGGAGUAUCAUGA